AUGUCAUCCUCGAUUCUAAGCAGUCGGCCUCGCACCGAGCGCCGAUCGUCGAGGGUACCCGGUGGAUUCGAUCCAGAAGAGGAGGACGACGUGGCAUCCCUGGGAAGCGACCAUAAUGAUUCGCCUGUCCAAGAGCAUGAUUCCUCCUCCUUUGUCGUGGCUGGUCCCAGAGACCCCAGUAGCCUCCUGCAGCCCGUCGACGAAAACACAAAUCUCGAGUUGCCUGCCAACAUGACACUGGACGAAAGUGAGAUGAACAAGAAGUUAUUGGAUGUUGAGUCGAGCUUCAUGCCCGAGCAUUCCGACCUGGUCGAAAAGAGCUCGACGACGACUGGUGCAGAUGACACGCAUUUGUUCGGCGUUGUGAAUAACAAUGUCGCCGUGCGCAAGAAGCCGCACCCUAUCCAGAUUUCCUACCCUCCCGAUGACACCGAGAACCGUGGUGUAGCUGAAAGAUCCCCCCAAUCACCCCGUACACCACCUGGCGCUUACAAGACUCCUGCCCCGGAACGACAUGAAUUCCGUCACAGCGUCGAAAGCGACGGGUCCACUCGUCAAAUGCCGAGCACAUCCAUGCUGGAAAGCAUGUCCUCCUCCCCGACCGCCGCUGCUGCUGCCCGAACCCUUUCGCGAGUCCAGUCUCUGGCUACCAUGGGCGGAUACGAGACUGCCAAUGAAACAGAAGACCAGGUCAGGCCUGAGAAGCGGCCUCGAAGUGUCCAGGACGAUGCGGAAGCUACCCCACGAAAGAACGAGAAUCGAUAUUUGAGCUUGCCACACAGCGCCGACGCACAGCAAGAAAGCUCAGAAAGCGCAUCUAAACAAGGAGCAAGGCGACCCGGGUAUCUACACAAGAGAUCUUCUCAGGCCCGCUUAUCCUACGAUUCCAUGGCCAGCUCAAAUACAGACGCCAGCGAUGUCACCGUAGGGGCGGACUUUGCGCUGCAAUCAGGAGGGGCACUGCCCGAUUCGAGCGCGCAGCGCAAAGCCAGGGCUACGAUUUCCAGACAAGCUAGCUUAGGAAGCAUGAUGUCUGGGAUAUCAGGGAUCUCCGACGAUGAACCUCGGUCGCAGAGGCAGGCUGGCGCAACUGACUUGACGACAUUAGAGGAAGAGAGCCCCAACUCUAAUAAGGCAGGCGGGUACUCUACUCCUCGCGCGUCGGUCUACAAUUUCAACAUGCCCACCGAUGCAGUCAUUUCUAACAACGCCAGAGAUCUGGAGGUUCCGGGUACUUUUGCUCGUCAGUAUCGGCAAGAGCGGAGUAUGUCACCGGAAAAGAGCAAUACUAUCAUAGGCAUGACACCGGGCCCCAAACGCGGCCUGACUCUAAAAGAGCACCGAAGCACUGUGGAGAAGUUGGGCAAAGAGAACUUUGACCUGAAGAUGAAGAUCCAUUUCUUGGACCAAGCGCUGCAGAAAAGGUCCGAGGAUGGCAUCAAGGAGAUGAUCACGGAGAAUGUACAACUAAAGUCCGACCGAUUGAGGUUGGAAAAGGAUAAUCAUAAUUUACGGAAACAGGUUCGAGAUUUACAGAAGAAGCUCGAGGAGACAGGCGCCCGCGACUCGCCGAAUGCUGAUCAGGGAUAUGCCACCGACGAGGAAAGGAGUCCGACCGCCGAGGAAGAAGUCAUCUAUCUCCGAGAAAGAGUCGAAAUCAGUGAGAUAGAGAUAGACAAACUCCGUCAAGAGAACCUUGCCAAAGAAACGGAGAAGCGAAAGCUCGCCGAAAUGGUCAAGUCCCUGGGCGACACUCGCGCUGCUGCUUCCGAUGUCGGCUCGAGGGAGGAGCGCGAUAUGUGGAAGGACAUGCUUGAAGCAGAGACCAUCGCGCGUGAGCAGUCCGAAGAAGAGAACAAGCGGCUUCGAGAAGAGGUUGCCAAGCUUAGGAGUGAGACGUUCGUGUCAGGAAAAUCCAACUCGCGCAAGAUCAAGAUUGGAGGCUCGGUUGUUUCGAGGUCUAGUAGUGUCGAAGCAGCAAAUGCCAAAGACGCGGAGAUUGAGAGAUUGAGACAUGAGGUUUCGGAGCUGCAGAAGAUGAUUGGCGCCCAAGCUUCUACUCUCACGUCCCGGAACAAGGAGAAAGAGCGGUUGUACCAGGAAAUCGAAGAUCUGAAACUUGGCCGGAUGGGCGGUCUUCGAUCUGUGGCGGGCGACAGUAUUCUCGACCGAUCGGCGUCCAGAGCAAGAUCUCAUUCCCGAGCAAGCAAUGGAACGCGGUUAUCACGGAUGAGCGACCAAGAGCGCGAGGUUCUCGAGACUAGGAUCAACGAGCUUCGCGACGAAGUGUCACAAUUGAAGCUCGAAAAUCAAACCCUCCAGAAUCAGUUUGACGAAGCACUUGCCGAGCUUGAUGCUGUGGAUGCCCAAGCGCAAGCGGACGCAGAUCAAUUCAACGAAGAGCUUCUCCUGCUGACUCAGGAACGUGACAAUGCCUUGCGUGACGCAGAGGAGCAAGACCAUGCCUUCCAGCAAUUGAAGGGUGAGGCCCAGGAGGAAAUCGACGGCCUGGGAGAUGAGCUAGAUGCCAAGGUAGAGGAAUGUGCGAGGCUUGAGGGAGAACUCAAGGCUCAGGUCGAGAACGUCAAGGCGUUGCAGGCAGAGAUGCGAUCUGCUGCGGAGGGCCUUGUCCGCCUCGAAGAGGACGCACAGCAAAAUCUAGCACGGUACCAGUCUGUCAAGGCCGAACUUGAUGACGCGAAUCGCGAACUUGAAAACCUCGAAAAGACUCUCGCCGAAGCUGAAACCAAGGUGCAAAGGUUGACGGUGCAGCAGGAGAGCAGCCAUAAUGAAAUUGCAUUCCUCCGUGAAGAGCAAGACGCUGACAAGAUCAAGAUUGGCGAUCUCGAGUCCCUGCUCAAGAAAGUACACCUUAACUUGGAAUCCGAAAGGGACAAGAGCAGGGAACUCGAACGGCGGAUCAAUGAGGAACGGGCACAAAGGGAUGCGGUUGCCAGUCAGGAGAAGCAAGAGGUUCAACGAGUCAUUAAUGAUCUUAAUCGGGAAGCUUCUGGUGCGAAGGACGAACUCCGGAAAGCCCGCAAAGCUCUCUCUGCCCGCGACAUUGAAGCCAAAUCGUACCAGGAGCGGUUGACUGAAUUGGAGGAGAGUCUGCGAAACAUCAUCGGAGACCCGAACAGCUCUAGGUCGAGCUUGAUCAGUGCGGUCACCAAGAUGCGCCGCGAACUGGAUCAAACAACCAUUGACCUUGAAUCUGUCCGACGGCAACUUGAGCAGACAGAAAAUCUGCUUGCUGAUCGUGAUGCCUUACUAGAGUCGACCAGCCACGAGUGCAGAAAACUGGCUGACGCUUACGAGCGAGAGAAGGCAGGACGACGACAAGAUAAAUUGGAUUUUGAGAAGACCAACAAGGGUCAUAACUCGACCACUAGGGCGCUUACCUCGGCCUCCACCAGAAUCGCCGAGCUUGAAGGACUUCGUCAGACCGACAGGAAGCGGAUGGCACAGAUGGAAACCCAACUCAAAGAACAAUUAUCCGAACGGAACCAGGUGUUACUCAACCUCUGGAAGAGGCUUUCUGCCAUGUGUGGCCCGGACUGGGCUCACAACAACAGCUUGAUUAAUGGCAACCUCCCUUCUCAGGAAGUCAUUGGUAAUAUGCUCUUCUGGCCUGGGUUUAGCCGGAAUCUGCUGCUGGCUGCGAAGCAGGUCGAGGGGACUCUGUCCACUUUCAAAGACAAGAUCAAACGUGUUGAACGCGAGCUAUACAAGGAGUACCAGGCUCUGGAACAGACUUUAGAAGUGCGGACGCGGAAGCUGGAACGGAUCGAAGAGAGCUGGGAGCAGAUGAAGAUCAAGAUGUCGGAAAUGGAGAGUCGCAUGGAUACCGGGGCUCGCACGCCGAAAUCCAGCAGAACUCCUGAGAUCAGCAAGUUGAAAGGUGAGAACAGGUUGCUCAAAGCCGAGCUCCAGCUUCUCCAACAGCAACAGGCACAUCACAAUCUGCACCACCGACGGGACAGAAACGAGAGCCGGGCGUCUGGAUAUUCAAGCAUCAUGUCAAAUGAAGGAGCCGGUCAGGUUGAUGGGGCUUUGAAUGGAGCGGUUGGAGUUCCCGCUCGUUCGUCGAGCAUGAGGCGCACUCGACACAUGGAGCUGCAGCGACAUCACACCACAGGCAUUGUGGAGCAUCUCGCCAGCAUGGGCGGCGAAGUGACGUCGUUACGGUCGAAUUCGAUCUCGAGUCGUCAUUCAGGGUAUACGCAGGGCGGCGAACGGGACCGGGGUGGCCUGAUGAUUCCAGCAGGUCCGUUCAACGCACCGGCUGACGGAAAGUUCUCCCUGCCACCUCCCCCACGAGAAGCCCCUCCAGCACCACCGAGCACAGCGUCGGGCUCAGACAUUGCGAGUAUCACAGCAGGAAGCGUGGGCGGCGGUCAGGGACAGGAGAAAUGGAUCCAUCGCCUGCGAGAACUGGAGAGGAGGCUGAAAGCCGAACGGGAGGCAAGGCUCCUUGACCGAAGUGGCGCGAGGAAAAGGCUGGAGGAGAGAGAUGCAGUGAAUGAAGAGUUGCGUCGUGAACUGGAACGGGAGAGGGUCAGAAAAAUCAGUGCCGAUGGUGGCUUUGACGCAGGUCAUGCGAUUUCGCCGCCCCCCCUAACGUUACCGCCGCCGCCCCCUACGGCCGACCUUGAGCAUAUGCAAGAAGCAGCUGUGGCGGACUUCGAUGCGCAUGGAUCGGCGCACAUUGUUGGAGGGGCGAGGAAGCGCUAG